UCUAGCAUUCUUAGUGCUUUGUUGUCAUUAGUGAUAAAGUGAGUCCUCUCGAAAACAAGAAGGGACUUAGAUUAUUUAUAAAUUUUAUUUGAAAAGGUGACCAUACAAACUUAUCAGGAUGGUAGAAGCUGGAAUGAAAUGUAUAAAAUAUUUGCUUUUUGCAUUCAACUUCAUUUUUGUGAUUGCUGCAAUAGCACUGAUCGCAGUUGGCAUUGUAGUACAGACCAACUUCUCAGGGUAUUUGAAUUUCUUUGAUGCGCCGGUGACUUCGGUGGCGAUACUGCUGAUAGUUGUCGGCGUUAUUAUGUUCUUCAUUGCUGCAUUUGGUUGUUGUGGAGCCAUUAAGGAACACAAUGUCUGCACCAUGGUGUUUGCUGUUCUUUUGGCUUUAAUCUUCAUUCUCCAACUGGCUGGUGGAAUUGCUGCCUUUGUCAUGCGCAGUGAUCUUGAAAAUACUGUUACCGAAACCAUGAAAAAAGCCGAACAGAAUUAUCUUACUUCACCUGGUGUCAAGAAAACUUGGGAUGAUGUUCAAACUGACUUUAAAUGCUGUGGUGUGGAUAAAUCAACUGAAUGGCAACAGGUUUAUACAAAUACUACUUUGCCAGAUUCGUGCUGCGAGAGUGACAAGGGAUGCAAUGAAUCAAGCAAGGACAAAUACCAAACUGGUUGUGCCGAUGCAUUUAUUUCCUGGUCAAAGAGUAAUUUGGCGAAAAUCGCAGCUGCAGGCCUUGCCCUUGCUUUUAUUCAGGUGAUUGGUAUUGUGUUCGCUUGCUGUUUGGCUCAGGCUAUCCGGAAAGAAUAUGAAUGUGUGUAAAACCUAUCUUAUGUAGAAGCAGCUAAACCAGCAAUUUUUUGUUCCCAGAAAACCUGCUGAUAUGUUUUUGUUAAUUUUUUUUUUUUCCUUGUCUGUAUAUACAUUUGGUCUAUCUCUGUUGUUAACUUCUAUUUUUCUGACUCUAUAUUAUAUUAACUAGCAGUACAAUAAAUUAAAAAAUAUAUGAACAAAUGAUAAUAAAAACAUUAAUGAAAAUUUAUUUUUUUUUGCAAAUGGAAAAUGGUUGCAUACUGUUGAAAAGAGAAAUAGCUCCUCUUCAUACUAAUAGGUUUCUGCCAAGUUUGAGAUUAAUUUCCUCCCUAUUUUCUCUCAAAUCUGUACCCUCCUUUCUUUUUUUUUUUUAAUUCAUAGAUUAUAUUGCUUUAGCAUUUAUUAGCUUUUCUGUUUUUGGAAUUUUCUGUCUUGAGUUUUUUUGUAAACUUUCAAUGUAGAAUUGAAAUGAUCAAUUCUAUCGUGUUUAAUGUUUUAUUUCAUUCUAGUUAAUUUCUGUUAAAAGCUGCUUUUUAAUAUAUAAUGUACAUAUAUAUAUAUAUAUAUAUAUAUAUAUUUGUGUACAUUUUAUAUAUAUAUGUAUACACACACACACACACACACAUGUAUGUGUGUGUGUAUGAUAUAUAGAACUCCAUUGAAAUAUUUUUCAUAAUUCAUUUUUGUCAUCCUUUGGACUACAUAACUGGUUCAUCUCUCUUCCUUUUCUCUUUCCUUUUCUUCAUCUCUCUCUCUCUCUCUCUCUCUCUCUCCAAGUUGAGAAUAAAUAAAGAGGGCAUGGUUUAGUUUUCUUGUUUUGUGAAAAUUGUUGAAAAAAAAAAAAAGAAAAAACCCACCCCCUUAAAGAAAAACAAAAGAAAAAACAGGAACUGUUGUAACAUUUUUUGUAAAGGUCAGAAAAUGAAGACAACUAAGGAACUCUCCACCUUC